AUGGAUUCAGAAGGCACGAUACCGGCAGACCAUCUGCCAAAUCAUGCGCCGACAGUGAAGCGUGGUGUGAAAGCAUCUAGCGGGAAGAAAGGGGUCUUCUUCCAUAACCGGAUUGCACCCGGGAAGCAGCAUCUCUACAUCGCCAAAUCGGACGGCACGGAGAAACAUCCGCUACUCGGAAAGCAUAGCUCCAACACAGUCUUCACCAACAAGCGGAACGGCGAUGGCAACGCCGGCAGUCGCACAGACGGUACCGACCUCGAGGAACUCAUUGCUACGUCAUCCAUGGAGGAUAGCGGUGUCAUGUCCUCCGACAGCUCGAAGCUGGCGUAUGUCUCUCUCUCGACUAAGGAGGCUCACAACUUGACCGAUAUGGCCUCGACAAGGCCAGACCCAAAUAGACCCUCUGACCACUUUUACAAUGUCGACGAAAUCAAGAACGGGUAUUGUUCAUUCUCACCCGACGGAUCCAAACUCGUCUACCGCACCAUGGGCCCUGUCUGA